AUGGCUCCCUCGUCUCUUCCGUCAACCCCGCGGAUGCUGGAUGUCCAUGGCCCGUCAACCGCCUCUCCAGGCAAAUGGCGACACCCACACCUGAAAGAGAUUAUCCGACGACAGAACGCAUCAAGCGUCAACGAGAGGACCAUCAGGCGGGUGUUAUGGAAUGCAGGCACUCUGAUAUUUACUGGUUUCAUCGGCAACACCUACAAGCAAUAUUCUCUGGCCAUUGGUUCAUUUUUGCAAAUUCCCACCUACCCUGAUAUAGUAUUGCUUGUUGUUCGCCUUUUGCUCUUUAUCAACAUCGCCAUGACUCUGUACCCCAUCUACCGGGCGCCGGACCAGGUUUCCGACAUCCCAUUGACUCCGUCGCAAAGGGCGCUACUGGGACUCGACCCCAACAGCACGCCUCCCGCUACGCCAGGCGCCGAAUACAUCACUCCGCCGAGAUACCGUGUAUCGUCAAGCUCACGCAGGAGAAGCUCUGGAUCAUGGGGCAGCUCGCCCUUCUCAGCAACUGAAGACUCGCCAAGCAGAAACCACCCUGACAGUCCUCCGUUCUCUCCAUCCGGCAGCCCUCUAUUCCAAAAGGGGUUUCGGUCCGGUGGCCGGGAGCGCGGCCGUAGAAACAGCUUUGGCUCGCCUUCUCCCCUCGGGCGGACUAGCAUUGGGGCUCGAGACGGAAGCUCCCUGCGGGCACCUUCAUCGCCCACUCCGUUUGGAAAGGUCUCCUCCCCCGUCAUGACGCAGAAAUGGCUGUUUGAGAGAAGCCUGAUGUCCUCUUCUAACGGCAGCGUGUUCAGCCAGUGA